AAUUUUGUAAGAUCUCUUUGUGAGGGAAAACUAUACCUAACAAUCUCUUUAAUUAACAAGGUCCUUAAUUUACCUCAUAAAUAUCCUUUCAGUGCAAACAUAUGCUUAGACAGAGAAGAGAUUAAUUUAAGCAUCUUUUCACUGAUUACAGAGAUUAGGAAGUGGCUGCCUGAAGUAUUUUCCAAAGGAUAAACAUUACAAAGCAUUGAAUACUGCAGUUCACCAAGAAGAUCUUAUUGGUUUAGGGGAACACUGCUUCCAGCGGCCACAAGGGAUGCUGCUCCUCAGGUGCCAUCUGAAACGGGCUCCUCCUCAGAAGACUUUGUGUAGGUCCUGGGCCAUGAUGGGGACACUGCAAAGCAAACUCAAACAAAGCACUUACAGAUACAGGCCCGAUGCAGUUACGGACGAGAGAAUUCAAACUGCGGCUUGUCACGAGUAUAGCCCAGCUCACGCGGAUACCGUCUCUGUUGUUGCUGCUCUGAACUCAGACCUUUGUGUCUCCGGAGGAAAAGAUAAGACAGUCGUGGCCUAUAACUGGAAAACUGGAAACGUGGUGAAAAGGUUCCGGGGACAUGAACGUGAAAUCACCAAGAUAGCCUGUAUCCACCAAUCAAACCAGUUCUUCAGUGCCUCCCGGGACAGGAUGGUCCUGAUGUGGGACUUGCACAGCUCCUCACAACCACGGCAGCAGUUCUCGGGCCACGCCAUGGUGGUCACCGGGUUGGCUGUGAGUCCAGACUCGUCACAGCUGUGCACGGGCUCUCGGGACAACACCCUCCUUCUGUGGGAUGUGGGGACUGGACAGUGUGUGGAGAGAGCCUCAGUCUCCAGGAACCUGGUCACCCACCUAUGUUGGGUCCCCAGAGAACCAUAUGUACUACAGACUUCUGAAGAUAAAACCAUCAGGUUAUGGGACAGUCGGGGGCUGCAGGUGGCUCAUAUAUUUCCUACAAAGCAACAUAUUCAGACGUACUGCGAGGUCAGCGAGGAUGGGCACAGGUGUAUCUCCUGCAGCAACGGCUUUGGAGGAGAAGGCUGUGAGGCCACGUUGUGGGACCUAAGACAGACGCGGGACAGGAUAUGUGAGUAUAAGGGGCAUCUCCAGACUGUUGCAUCCUGUGUCUUUCUCCCAAGAGCGUUGGCCUUGAUGCCUGUAAUCGCUACCUCAUCACAUGACUGCAAGGUGAAGAUUUGGAACCAAGAUACUGGAGCCUGCCUGUUCACCUUGUCUCUGGAUGGAUCAGGACCUCUGACUUCCCUGGCCAUUGGCGACACCAUCUCCUUAUUGUGUGCAAGUUUCAGCAGAGGAAUUCACUUGCUCAGAGCCUACCACAGCCAAGGGCUGGAACUUCGGGAAGUGGCUGUAUUCUGAGGCCAAGAGACAUUUGCUGGACAGUAUCAAACCAUGGCCCCUCCUUUCUCAGUGUGGCUUUGUUUUUCCAUGUUAUCUUCAGGGGAGGGCGAUGUGGGGCUGGUGUUGUUUGCUUAGGUUCACUCAGAAGGCAUGUCAGUGUUAGAAGUCAAUUUGAGGCCAGUGGUUCAAAAUCAGGUGCAGAGUCUAGAAACAUGGACUAAACAUAAGGUUCUCAAUCCAAGUUAAAUCCAAAUGCAAGUUUUAGUGAGCUCUUGGGACUGUCCUUCAAAAAAAAAGUAUGGCUUGAAAUGGUGACCUGCAGGUCUCUGUGAGAGUCAGGACACAGGCUCUGAGUCCAUUGAGCUGACCUUUCUCAUGUCUCCACAAGAGAGAAAAAAGCAAGGGGGAGAGAACUCUGCUUUGCCCGCCUCAGAAUUAUCCACGUGGGAAAGAACAGUGCAGCUCCACGCAGGAAACAGGCGGUAGACACGCGACUCAGCUCCGACCACUGCUCCUCAGCAAUGUGAAGAGUCAGGGCACGAAAGCCAGAGCCUGGCUGCUACCCAGCAUUAGCAGAGGGGCCAAAGCCCUGCCAGCUCUUGGUACCCUCCUAGCCCGGCGCCCCAGAUGGCUCGAAGAGGCGGAAAACCCCAAGGACCUUGUCAGAACUAUAGGGGUUAGCAAGCGGCUUCUGUGAGCUAGAAAAGGGAGAGAGUGUGAGAUUAAGACUUAAAAAAUGUCAUUUGUACAUUUUAAUAUUUUUAUUUAGUUUUAUGUAAACUCUGUCUAGGGAAUGGCCAGAGUGAGGCAAAGUGAAUGUCUGCAACGAUAACAGAAUAUAUAGGAAAAAGUGGAGGCGUGCGCUCCACUGUGUGCCGCCCUCAGGGAGGAGGGGCAGGGUGCUCAGGUCCCCUGUGUGGCCCCCAGGAGGUCAGGCCCCACCUGGUGUUCAGGAGCCCCUGUCCCCCAGGGAGAUAGUUUCCUGCCUCCAGGCAAGCCCACGCCCAGGGCCCCUGCCGCUGGGGGACUCCCUUUCUGCCGAGUCCCCCGUCAGAGGUUUUGCAUUUGUCUCCGGCCCUGCCUGCCCCCCUCCGGUGGCUGCCGGCCACCUUCCUGUCUCCCUCCUGCUCCUCUCUAAGUCCAGCUCCCUGAGCUGCCUCCACUGACCGGAGGAGAAUCUUAAGCUACUGCAAAGCAUCAAACCUGAGUCUGAAUCUCCACUUCUCCGUUUAGCUGGAUGAUCUUGGGCAAAUUAUGAAAUCUCCGUUUCCUCAUUUAUUAUAGGGGGCCAUAAUCAUACGUUCCUCACAGGGCUGUUCUGUGGUCUGAACAGAACUAUAUUAAAUGCCAAGCAAGGUAGUAGGUGCUUAUAAAUGGUAGCCAGCAACAUUUAUUGCCCUCUGUCCAGACUAAAUGCUUCUUUUCCACAUAUUUACAUUCACCUGUUCCCCUAGAUCUUAUUUUCUAAGCCUCUAGUCAUUGUUGCAUUUCUCCUUUGAUUCUUUAAGUUAUAGAGCUUGGCACUCUGGAGGGACGGGGGUAGUGAGCGUGGAAGCUGCUUCAUUGAGCACCUACAGAUGGCUGAAUACAUUUAGUCUCACUCUGAUUCUUAUUGUUAUUCCCAUUUCACAGAUGAGGAGGCUGAGGCCCAGGGACAUCCAGUCCUUUGCCCAAGGUUAAACACAGGCAUGAAGGGGGAGAACUGAAAUUUGAACCUGGGUCAGCCUGACUCAAAGCCAGAUUACUUCCCUCCCUUCCCCUUUGCCUUUGCCUGAUGUCACAAAGUUCGCUUUAGAAAUGUACAGACAAUGUGACAUUGUGUAUUUUCUAGACCAGUUUUUAACUUUUGGCUUUAGAGAGAUCCUGGCCAGAUGCCCAGGAGCAGUAGACAGGUGUCUCAGGGAACGUCCCAGAGGACCUAUUAGUGCUACAGCUGGCCCUUUCUUCUAGAAGGAAGACAGGUAGUGAGUCAGAAAAUCCAAGGGAGUGGGUUGGGAGGGAGUCCCAGGGACGGGGAACAGGCUGCUGUGAGAGGGAACAUACCUGUGAGAACACAGCGAGCCUCUGAUGAGUGAGCAGGGUUCUAUCACCAAUAAAGUUGUUUCCCUGAACUCUA